AUGGCGGCCUACUGUAAACUCCCCGUGAGCGGGGAACUCGGGACCAGUCAAGCUCCCGAAACCCCACCGGGCCCUACCGGCUCUCCGGACGCCCGCCAGAGCAUCGUUAACGAGGAUGAAACUUCCCGGCGUCUCGGCAGUUGGCCGGGCCCCGUGGGGUUUCGGGAGCUCGAAUGGUCCAGACAACCUCUGCUCUCCCGCCUCCGGGAUCCCUCUGGGAUCCGUCCGGGCCGGAACGAGCUGCGGGAAGAGAUGACCGGCUCGAAAGAGCCGAGGCAGCGCGGCCCGGGAGGCCGGCGGGGGAGGGGAGGGCGCGCGCGGGGGCUGCUGGGAGUCGUAGUCCCGCCGGAGCCGAAGUCGCGCGCAGGCGGCACCGACCUGAAUGCGGGGCCCGGGCUCCGAGGAGGCUGUCGGCGGCGGACGGAUGGACGGGCGGAUGGAUGGACGAACGGGGGCCGCUCGGCGGGCUCCUCAGGCCUGGGGGGCGGCGCCGCGGCCUCCGCUCAGGCCGCGCUGUAUCCGGGGGAAACUCGGCGCCGACAUCCCGCUCCUCCCGGCCCCACCGGCCUGCCACCGCCACAUAGCCCCGCCUACAAGCGCCGAGGGUCGCGCCCGACCCGUCCGGCCGACCUCCUCCGGACAACAACAACAAUCGCCCGCUCCUCCCGUCCCCCCUUUCCGCCUAUUGACCCAGCGCUCCCAUUGGGCGAGCCGCCCGCCCAUCACGCCAGCCUCCCCUCGCCAUUGGCUGCUCCCGCCGCCCGUCACCCGCCCGGGCCCCGCCCCUCCCCGGAGCUGAUUGGGCGCCGUCCCUCGGGAGCCCCACGCUCGCCGAUUGGCCGCCGCCGGACAAAGGCGGAGGCGGUUGGAGGGGCCGAUUGGCUGGGCGGCACGUCAAUCAGGGGGCCCCCUCCCCCCUCCGCCUGUGGCGUCACUGACAAGAGGGGGGCGGGAAGAUCCGACGCUGAUUGGGCGCCGUCCCUCGGGAGCUCCACGCUCGCCGAUUGGCCGCCGCCGGACAAAGGCGGAGGAGGUUCUAGGGGCCGAUUGGCUGGGCGGCGCGUCAAUCACGGGGCCCCGCCCCCCUCCUCCUGUGGCGUUGCUGACAAGAUGGUGGGCGGGGAGAAGAACGGGCCGAGGGCGGCCUGGAGGAGCUCAGCUGCUCCCCGUCGCCCCGAGGGACCAAAAACCGUCCUGGGGCCGCCACACUCUUUGCCGCCGCCGCCGCUGCCCACGGUGCUGAUGUGGGUCCGGGCCCGGGUCCGGCCGCUCCCGCCCGCGCUGGCCCCGGGACCCAACGGCGGCGGCGGCGGGAAGGAGGAGGACCAGGAGGAGGAGGAGGAGGACGAGGAGGACGAGGAGCAUCCCGAGCCCCUGCGGCUGCAGCUGAGCGUGUCCCCGGAGCGUCCGGGGGUCGGGCAGUUCCGGCUGGCCCUGCGGGGCCCGGGGCCCGGACCCCGCCCGGAGCUGGAGUGGCCGCUGGAGUCACUGACGUACACGGUGCGGGGCCCCAGGGAGCACGUCCUGCAGCCUCCGGGGCCGCCCGGGCCGCUCAGCAUCACCUUCGCCGAGGCCCACGAGGCGCAGCGCUGGUGGACCGUCGUCAGCAGCUCCGCCAGAGAGGCCCGGCGAGCGGCCGCCGACGCCGCGGCCCCGCCGGCCCCCGAAGCCGGCCCCCCGCGGACCCCGGGAGACCCGUCCGAGAAAGGCGGUGAGGAAGGAGGCCGGAGGGUGGUCCGGGAAGGCCCCGAAGGGAGGGCCGGGGGGCCGGGCCGGGACCCCGCUCCCGGCUCCCCUACCGCGGCGGAGAACCUGGCCGCGCAGCUGGCCCGGGCCAUCGCCGCGGGGGACGAGGAGGCGGCCGUCGGCGCGGCGGCCGCCCUGGCCCAGCAGCGCGUCCCCCUGUGCGUCCGGCUCCGGGAGAGCUGCUUCCCCGCCGGGGCCAUCAGCCUGCAGGUGGGGGUGGAAGACGCGUCGUCGUCGGCGCACAUCACCCUCAGCGUCCACGCCCACGACACCAUCGCCACCCUGCAGCAGCAGGUGUUCGAGGAGUACGGGUUCCCACCCCGCGUGCAGCGCUGGGUGAUCGGGCGCUGCCUGUGCGUGGCCGAGCGCAGCCUGGGCUCCUACGGGGUGCAGCGGGACGGGGACCAGGCCUUCCUCUACCUGCUGUCCAACCCCGAGGCCCGCUCGGCCCGCCCGGCCCGCCCGGCCCCCCGCCCCGGCCCCACCGCUGACCCCUCGCCGGCCCCGCCGCCCGCCGGAUCCUCCUGGGGGCCGGAUGGGGCCGGGCUGCCCGCUGGGAAGAUGAACAUGGAGGAGAUCAGCCACCUGCUGAGCCGGGAACUCAGGCUUCCCGGGGGCUCGGCUCCCCCCGUCCCCAACCGCGCCCCCACCGCCCCCUCCCAGCCCGGCUGGCCCUGCCCCUCCUGCACCUUCAUCAACACGCUGUCCCGGCCCGGCUGCGAGAUGUGCGGCACGGAACGGCCCCGGCCCGAGGACGGCGGCGCCCGAAAGCCGCGGCAGGCCCCGGGGCCCGGGCCCCUCAGCUCCGGCUCCCUGGACGACUUCAUCCACCUGUCCUCCGAGUUCUGCUGACCGGACAGAUCCUCCCGCCUCCCCUCGCCCACCCAGCCCGCCGGCGUGCGGGGCGGAGAGUGCUGCUUGUUUUUUUCCUGAAACGGAGCGGGGGGUGCAGCUGGACUCCUGAAGAAAUCACCCACCCUCCUGCCUUGGGGAAGGGACCCCUCGGCCGUUGUGGCAGGGAGCCCACAACGGGGAGCACGAUCCGGCCCUUGGGACUCCGGGCCCCGUCCCCCACCUUCACCGCGGCAGACUCUGGGGAGCGGGAGGAAGGCCAGGGGGCCCGGAUCCCCACCUCUACCUCUCCCUCAGCCCAGAGCUAAGGGGAACUGUUUGGGCUCUUUGGCCGUUGCGGUCAGCUCCUCUAUUACAGACUGUGUAGACCGCG